GGGUCCUGCGGCGGGCGGCGGCGGCUGGAGUGCUGGCGGCCGGGCGAAGAUGGCGGACGUGCUGAGCGUGCUGCGGCAGUACAACACGCAGAAGAAGGAGAUCGUGGUGAAGGGCGACGAGGUGAUCUUCGGAGAGUUCUCCUGGCCCAAGAACGUCAAGACCAACUAUGUCAUCUGGGGGACAGGGAAAGAGGGCCAGCCCAGGGAAUACUACACUUUGGAUUCUAUCUUGUUCCUGCUCAAUAAUGUGCACCUUUCCCAUCCUGUGUAUGUCCGUCGUGCUGCAACUGAAAACAUUCCUGUGGUAAGAAGACCUGAUAGGAAAGAUUUGCUUGCAUACCUAAAUGGUGAAACAUCAACCUCAUCAAGCAUAGACAGAAGUGCUCCACUUGAAAUUGGUCUUCAACGAUCCACUCAAGUUAAAAGAGCAGCAGAUGAAAUAUUAGCAGAAGCAAAGAAACCAAGAAUAGAGGAUGAGGAGUGUGUGCGCCUUGACAAGGAGCGCUUGGCAGCUCGGCUGGAAGGACAUAAAGAGGGCAUCGUGCAAACAGAGCAGAUCAGGUCCUUGUCUGAAGCUAUGUCAGUGGAAAAAAUCGCUGCUAUCAAAGCCAAAAUUAUGGCAAAGAAAAGAUCCACUAUCAAAACUGAUCUGGAUGAUGACAUAACCGCUCUUAAACAAAGAAGUUUUGUUGAUGCUGAAGUGGAUGUAACUAGAGAUAUUGUCAGCAGGGAAAGAGUAUGGAGGACAAGAACUACAAUCUUACAAAGCACAGGCAAGAACUUUGCCAAGAAUAUUUUUGCAAUUCUUCAAUCAGUUAAAGCCAGAGAAGAAGGCCGAGCACCUGAGCAAAGACCUGCACCAAACACAGCACCAACGGAUCCCACUUUACGAAAUAAGCAACCUAUUCCAGCUGCCUACAACAGAUAUGAUCAGGAAAGGUUUAAAGGCAAAGAGGAAACGGAAGGCUUUAAGAUUGAUACCAUGGGCACUUACCAUGGGAUGACUCUGAAGUCUGUGACGGAAGGUGCAUCUGCUCGAAAAACACAAACUCCAGCAGCACAGCCUGUGCCACGACCAGUUUCUCAAGCAAGACCACCUCCAAACCAGAAAAAAGGAUCUCGAACUCCCAUAAUCAUUAUUCCAGCAGCCACGACCUCUUUAAUAACAAUGCUUAAUGCAAAGGACCUUUUGCAAGAUCUGAAGUUUGUACCAUCAGAUGAGAAGAAGAAACAGGGCUGUCAACGAGAGAAUGAGACUCUAAUACAGAGGAGGAAGGACCAGAUGCAGCCAGGGGGAACCACAGUCAGCGUCACUGUCCCUUACCGAGUUGUAGACCAACCUCUGAAACUUAUGCCACAAGACUGGGACCGUGUGGUGGCGGUGUUUGUCCAAGGGCCCGCCUGGCAGUUCAAGGGCUGGCCUUGGCUCCUGCCAGAUGGAUCUCCUGUUGAUAUCUUUGCAAAAAUUAAAGCUUUUCAUCUCAAAUAUGAUGAAGUGCGCCUGGAUCCCAAUGUACAGAAAUGGGAUGUAACAGUGUUAGAACUCAGCUACCACAAAAGACACUUGGACAGGCCAGUAUUCCUACGCUUCUGGGAAACUUUGGACAGGUAUAUGGUAAAGCACAAAUCUCACUUGAGAUUCUGAAUCCUUCAGCUGCCAUUCAUUUCCUGAAGUACAGAUGGAAAGAAAUGGAAGGGGCUCCACUUUGGAAACCAGAACUCGCACUGUAUAUGUCAAGAACUUUACAAAUGAGGAAGGGUCACAGUUUAAAUUUUUUUAUAAAAUCUUAUUUGGAUGAUUCAUGCUGUGGCAGGUUGAUACCUGUUGUUAUUCAGAAGCAAAGGGGUUUUGCUUAAAACUAUUUUUUUAAUGUUGUUAGCCUUCUAGUCUGCAAUCCAAAUUGUAUAUUUUGAUAGCAGCAGUUUCUUCUCUGUUUUAAAUCAGCCACAUUUUUAAAUAAUGUGUUUUGUUCCUGAAUAGAUGAUAGCUGGAUCUCCACGGCAGGUUCCCCAUGUGUGUGUGCGUGUGUGCAUGGAUGCGUGUAAAUAAAUGUGUGGGUGUGUCUAUAGAUAUAAUGUACAAAAAAGUUAUAGACACACUGACAUACACAUAGAUAUUUCCAGGCUUUCUAAACCACUUAGCUUCUCAGCUUAGUUUGGGGUUUCUUUGCUUAAUGUUUGACUUACUGAAAAUAUUUUGUUGUGAAUGAUACUACAUUUUAGUCAAUAGGACUUGCAAACUGAGGAAAAUGAAAGUUGUUUUCCAUAAAUCAAAAUGUCAGCCUGUAUAUGUAUAUUCUGUCAGUCUUUGUUGAAAAAGGGAAGAUCAGAAAAUCUAUUAUCACUCUUUUUUAUUUGUAAUGUCCCAGUUUACUAAAUCUUUAAACUUUAUUAUAGGUGUACCUUCAAGUUAUGUUAACUUUAAAUUGCCAUUCACCACACAUCUCUUUCUUUAAACUGAAAGCAUGCAUGUGUACAUUCCCAUCUAGCAAAUACCUUUUCAUAUGAGUCUAAAUGUUACCUAGAUUAAAUGAUGAAUAGAGGAGGAGAGAGUUGGAUUUUUUUUUUCCUGGAACAGCCACCACAAGGAAUGAAUAAUUUUAACUUCUUUGCAUUUAUACCUCUAAUACUAUUUUCUCUUGACAAAAGUGGCCCAUACUUGUCUCCAGGAGUUGUAAUUGUCUGAGCAGAGUGGCUAAUAUGGCCUCUUAAGAGUCCUGCAUUGGAAUGGAAAAUCAGCCUUCUCCAAUUACCAAAGAACAGAUUUGCUUCAUCUAUAGUGUGAGGCCAGAAGAUCCUGGUAUUUGUACCAAAUGCUGUAUUUACAGCAUUUCUGUAUCUAUGGAAUAACAUUAAGUUGAUGUUGCAUACCAGUGAAUGUAGAGAAUGAUCAAAUACUGUAACACCUGCAUGAUUUUUUUCUUGGAUAGGAAAUACAUGUUUAUAUUCCUGUUCUUAAAAUUCAAAACCAUGUUUUUUUAAUAUACUUUUCAUUUAAGGUUUGACAAAAAAUAAAGUGUUCUACCUAUUCUGUUUUGGUUUUUAUUUGAUGUUUACUCCAUUUUUAAUAAAACCCAAAGUCACAUAUCCUUAA